UUUCCCACUCUCUAUCUAAUUGCAGCACCUGCCUGUCAUUCCGCCAGUUUGGCAAUAAAUGAGAAGAUUUUUCGACGAGAGAUGGAGAUGGAGGAAUGGUCUUGUAUGUGAAAGGCGUGGAUCGUGUAAACGGCUGCUUGGCUGUUGCUCGAGCUUUUGGCGAUGCUGAGCUAAGCCAACUUGUGAUUGCUGACCCGGAAGUGACCGUUUACGAGCUCUAUCGAGAAGACGAGUUUAUUGUUAUGGCAUCUGACGGUCUUUGGGACGUACUGACCAAUGAUUAGGUGGCGUUUUGUAUCAGGUAAAUCGAGAGGUUACUCAUACAUUGGCCGACUACCAAAUUGACUAUUUAUUUGUGCAUAUGUCUAGAAAUCCGUGGCUUUGGAUGCUAGCAGACCGCGCUACACUAAUAGGAGUAGACGUGCGCGGUAGAUACCAUGAAAUGUUGGUGUCGAAAUUGUUUUUCUUAUUCUUAAAUUUCGUCACGCCAGGCUUGUCAAAUUUGCGAUAUAAAUUAAAAACCACACAAGAAUGUUUUUCUUAAUUAUGGGUCCCGCUGAUUUUUCUUCGGGCCUCUUCUUUAAUGUUCAAGCGGCAAUCGUGUCUGCUGCCAUGGCUCGUUAGUGGUAAGUACAAUCUAUGAUCCUUAUCGCAUGCAUUCAAUCAUUCCAACAUACAAUUUUUUCAUGAAAGAUGCGUGUCAGCAGUAACAAUGUAUGAUUGAAGCAAUACCAGGAAAGUAGCAAGAUCAUAUUACUUAAGCCCGUAGGUUUACAGUGUCGU